GGGAGGAGGUACCCGGGCCGCAGACGGCCGAGGUAGCUGACAGGGCCGCAGCGGCUCACCCCUCCCUUUCUCGGAACGUGGUUAGGCAGCUGCCGCUGGCACACGCCGCUGGGAAGAGAGGGCUGGGGGCGGGAGAUGACGGUGGAGUGCUCGCUGCCUGACCCUCUACGAGCACCGGCUUCCUUCUCCUCGUAGCCCGGGCUGCGGACCUAGCAGGUUUCCUUAUACUCCACCAAAAGCUAUAUUUUGCCUUGGUUAGGUGGUUACUGUGUGCUGGGUGUGAUUAGAGCAUAAGGACUCCACUGAUCUUGCCACUUCACAGACGAUAAAGUGAAGCAUAAAAAGUUAAGUUUUGGGUUCAAGUUGAGGCCUUGCUGGAGAGGGAAGAAGAUAGAAAAUGGAUUCUUAUAUUUCAGCAAAGAACUCAACUCUUGCCGUUAGUGUGAAUGAGACUUGGUCUGCAACCGUAACUCAUGGAUUUAAUUCCACCAAUGACCCACCUUCAAUGUCAAUAACAAGGCUCUUCCCGGCCUUGCUAGAAUGCUUUGGCAUAGUCCUUUGUGGCUACAUAGCAGGAAGGGCCAAUAUCAUCACAUCAACACAGGCCAAGGGACUGGGGAAUUUCGUCUCCAGAUUUGCCCUUCCAGCUUUACUCUUCAAAAAUAUGGUUGUGCUUAAUUUUUCCAAUGUGGAUUGGGCUUUCCUAUAUAGUAUCUUAAUUGGCAAAGCCUCUGUGUUUUUCAUUGUAUGUGUAUUAACCUUAUUGGUUGCCAGUCCCGAGAGUCGAUUUAGCAAAGCUGGACUGUUCCCUAUUUUUGCUACACAAAGUAAUGACUUUGCAUUGGGAUAUCCUAUAGUUGAAGCUCUGUAUGAAACCACAUACCCAGAAUACCUCCAGUACAUUUAUUUGGUGGCACCAAUAUCUCUUAUGAUGUUAAACCCUAUAGGGUUUAUCUUCUGUGAAAUCCAGAAGUCGAAAGACACUCAAAAUGCUUCUCAAAAUAAAGUAAAAAUUGUGGGACUUGGAUUUCUGCGUGUGUUACAGAACCCGAUAGUAUUUAUGGUCUUCGUUGGCAUUGCCUUCAAUUUUAUUCUUGAUAAAAAGAUCCCUGUGUACAUGGAAAAUUUCCUGGAUGGGCUGGCGAAUUCCUUCUCUGGGUCGGCCCUGUUUUACCUCGGCCUGACAAUGGUGGGGAAAAUAAAGCACCUGAAGAAGUCGGCCUUCGUCGUGCUCACGCUUCUCAUCACAGCUAAACUCCUGGUACUGCCCCUUCUGUGCAGAGAAAUGGUAGAACUGCUGGACAAGGGUACCAGUGUCGUGAACCACACAAGUCUAUCAAAUUACGCCUUUCUCUAUGGCGUCUUUCCUGUAGCCCCCGGAGUGGCGAUCUUUGCGACGCAGUUCAACAUGGAAGUCGAGAUUAUAACGUCAGGGAUGGUAAUAAGUACAUUUGUGUCUGCUCCAAUCAUGUAUGUUUCUGCCUGGUUAUUGACCUUUCCCACCAUGGAUGCUAAGCCAUUGGCGUAUGCCAUUCAGAAUGUUAGUUUUGAUAUAAGUAUUAUCAGCCUGGUCUCCUUGAUCUGGUCUCUGGCUAUUCUUCUCUUGAGUAAGAAAUACAAGCAGCUUCCUCAUAUGCUUACAACUAAUUUGCUCGUCGCUCAGUCUAUUGUUUGUGCUGGAAUGAUGAUAUGGAAUUUUGUUAAGGAAAAAAAUUUUGUUGGACAAAUUUUGGUGUUUGUUCUAUUGUACAGCUCCCUGUACAGCACCUAUUUGUGGACAGGCCUUCUAGCCGUUUCUUUGUUUCUUUUAAAAAAACGUGAGAACAUGCAGAUCCCUGUGGGAAUCAUCAUAAUAUCCGGCUGGGGGAUCCCUGCUCUCCUUGUUGGCGUGCUUUUGAUAACUGGGAAACACAAUGGAGACAGCAUUGACUCCGCCUUCUUUUAUGGAAAAGAGCAGAUGAUCACCACAGCAGUCACCCUGUUCUGCAGCAUUCUGAUGGCUGGUGUGUCACUUAUGUGCAUGAACCGUACCACCCAAGCUGGUCACUAUGAAGGUUUCGGCCAAUCUCAGAACCACAAACCAGUAGAGCCUGGAAGCACCGCAUUUGAGGAGAGCCUAGCACCAACAAAUGAACCAGAACUCUUUACAAGUUCUAUUCCAGAAACAAGUUGCUGUUCCUGCUCCUUGGGAAACGGUGACGUACACUGUCCAUCAAUAGAGCCAGUAACAACCGCAAGUGCCAGUGGGCCUGUGCCGCCUUCCUUUGAGAAAAGUAACGACCGCUGUGUGAGUCACUGUGACUCCCGAAGCUGCAUCCUAGCCCAGGAGGAAGAGCAGCACCUGCAGACGGGAGACCCUCAGCUGACUCGACACGUCCUGCUGUGUUUACUGCUCAUCAUCGGCCUGUUUGCCAAUCUCUCUAGUUGUUUGUGGUGGCUGUUCAACCACGAGACUGGACGACUCUAUGUUGAAUUACAGUUUUUCUGUGCCGUGUUUAACUUUGGCCAGGGAUUUAUUUCCUUUGGAAUCUUUGGGCUGGACAAACAUUUAAUCAUCCUACCUUUCAAAAGAAGGCUUGAAUUCCUGUGGAACAAUAAGGAAACAGCAGAAAACAGAGACUCCCCUGUUUCUGAGGAAAUAAAAAUGACCUGUCAGCAAUUUGUCCAUUAUCACCGUGACCUGUGCAUCCGAAACAUCGUCAGAGAAAGAAGGUGUGGCGCAAAGACUUCUGCUGGGACCUUCUGUGGCUCUGACCUGGUGAACUGGCUAAUUGAAGUGGGCCUUGCCUCGGACCGUGGUGAAGCUGUCAUCUACGGAGACCGGCUGGUGCGGGGGGGAGUCAUCCAACAUAUCACCAACGAUUAUGAGUUCCGGGACGAGUAUCUGUUUUACAGAUUCCUUCAGAAGAGCCCUCAACAGAGUCCUGCCGCUGCUGUGAGCAACCCCCAACAGGAAAGCUAUAGAGAAAUUGGCCACUCAUCUCCAUCCUCACUUUCCCCUCAGACUUAAAUUAUGAAGGCGAGAACCCCACAUGGAAUCGUACCCUCUAGGCUCACAUCUGGCACUUUUAGCUGUGAGGCCUCGGGCAGGUUACCUUUCUGAGCCUCCGUCAUCUCGCCUGCAAAUGCAUUCCUACCCUGCACUGACACACUCUAACCUUACGUGCUUGUAAAGCACACGGGAAACUGACGAGAGAAAGCCUAGAGUUCAACGUUCUGAUAAUGAACACAGUAAUUGCUAUAGGUACCACUAUCGUACCGAUAUUUGAAAAUCAUUUCUUUCUGCGACUGUUUGUUAUAAUUUCAAAGUCAGUAUCUAACUGGCUGUUAUUUUUAAAUUGCCAAAGCUGGCAGGCUUGCUGCUCUAAAAAUGAACCUUAAGACAACUUUACAUUUACCGAUAACACUUCCCCUGACAGAUUUUUAUUUUUUCUAGUAAAAGGUUUUAUUUUUCUUUCCACUUCUUUGACAAAUACUACCCAUUUAAAAAUUAAAACUUGUUUUAUUUUUUAGAUAAGGUCUCAUGUAGCCAGGCUGGCCUCAAAUUCCCUAUGUAGCCAAGGAUGGCUUUGAACUCCUGAUCUUCCUAUCUCUGUCUCCUGAGUUCAGGGCUUAUUGGUGUGUGCCACCAUGCCUGGCUAACCCCACUGUUUUUUAAAAGUAAUUUUUAAAUUUAUUUUUGAUAAAACACCGAUUUUAAAGCUUUGUCUUGUCUUCUAUCUAAAGUACUAAUGUGUGCCAAUAAGAAGAGACUAAGAACAUUAAUAUUAUCUCUAUAAUUUUCAAGUUAAAAAUUUAAUUUGAGCCUAUUCAUUCAAAUGCUAUCAAAAGUACUGCCAUGACAUGACUAUUUCUGGCACUUUCAAAGUAUUCUCUUGUAGAAGGAAAAUCUAUUUUAUUUCCUGCAUUGACACAGUAUAUAGUCAGAAGUUUCAAAUUCUAAACCUAGCGGAAUCCUACCUUUAGGAUUCAGUCUUUAAAUGUGUCCAUGUCUAAAAAUGUGUAAGUUUAAAAAUGACCAAAUGCUGCUUAGUCCACUGAGACCUUCUUGAAAAAGGACUCAAACUAGACAGCUCACAAGCAGCAGGAAGUCUUCCUUCCAGGUCUGGAGGCUGGUAGUGCAGGAUCGCGGUGGCGGCACACUCAGCGUCUGGUGAGGCCCUGGUUCAGGUUCACAGAUGGAGCCACACGUGGUGGAGGGAAGGGCUCUGGCCUCUUCACCCGUAGAAAGGCAAAUCCCAUUUCAACACCUCUUCUCUCGCGAGCCAGUCUUCUCCAAGGCCCCCACACUGCGGCUGGGUUUUCAUAUCAAGACCGUAACACCUUCAGAUAAAGCUUUACCUUCAGAUAAUUUGCACAUCCUUUGAACAGCCAGUUAAUUGUUAGAUAUCAGUGAUGGUUUAAUUUAUUUUAAACGUUAUUUAUCUCAUAGUGUUUAAUAUAUAAAAGCCACCUAGAAAAUUAUUUAUGGGGUUAGUGCCCUGACCCUUUUAAUGUAGCAAAUACAUAAUUAAAAAAAAAACUUGCAUGGAAGCCUAGUAUAUUUAAAAAAAAAAAAGAUACUUAGUUAUGUUCUGAUCGUGGAACUGGGAUGUUGAGGUGGAAGGGAAAGACACGCCCACACUGUCACUCCCUAUGCUGGGGCUAUGCAGAAGCACCCGCUCUAGCGGCCUCUGGUGACACAAGACAGAACUCGCAUGCAGGCAAGCGACCCAGAUUCAAGGGCGGGAAUUUGUUGUUUGUGAGUAAACCUUAUUAAGUCUGCUCUUUCAUUUGCACAAAUGGAAUCUGAAACAUUAUUUUCCAUGGGAGGUUCUAAAAUAAAACCACAGAUCAGAGUGAUUUGCAGUUUCAGAUGAUAAAGGCCUUUAAGGGAUGUUUCUAGGAUUAAGGGAUAAGCUAAUUUUAUUAAAUGAAAAUAUUUGUAUGUUACUUUCUCACUGACAGCACGUUUCUCAAUAAAAUACUUAUUUUAACUUG